AUGACCCUUAUUCGGAUUCCGUGCAUCACCUCGACUCGUCGUGACCUUGGUCACUUCCAUCCCGAGCGUCGAGAAAUGGGGUCGCCAUCAAGUGAUGGUGACUCCUACGUAUUCGUCCGUAGCAAUUCGCGGGGUGUCAGACGUGCUGUCUCGGAGCCACCGAGUUUCCAUUACGAGGCCUGCAGGGAAUCUGAUUUUGCAGGUUUUUUAUCCGUUGGAUCUGCUGAGUGUGCAACAGCUUGCUAUAUCGGCGAUGUUCGAACUCCAAACCCCACCACACUGAAAGGCAUAACACAUGGACUCUCUUCGAUCUCAAUUUGUCAGUCCGAUAACUGCGUGAAUGAAGAUGCCAUAGUUGAGUCGACUUCCACGUCCAUGAACUCUGGAUCAUUGGCGGAACCGGUGAACGUAGGGCCCGUUGAUGGUAAUGAGAAGUCCCAAGACUCUGUAUCUGGAGAUUUUAUUAGUAGUACUUCAUCCACAUUUACUCACUCUGAUUCAAUGAAUGGCACAACAGCCAUGGAAAGCCUUGAUACUGUUGAGGAGUCUGACGACACUCUAUCUGAGAAAUAUGCCAACAGCAAUUCAACCACGUCUCUGUCCGAUUCACUGGAUGUUCCACCGCCUGUGAUGCUUGGUUCACUGGAUGAUGCAAGAGCGAUGGAACAUCUUCAUAGCAUUAAGGAGUCUGAAGACAGUCUAUCGGAGAGUUCAGAGGAUGAAAUCUCAUCAUUCUCUUCGGAAACUGAUUCUCUGGAAGAGCGAAGACAGGACAGACCUGUUAGUAGCCAAACAGUGCCAUUACCAACGAUAAUUGAUGCCGCAACUAAAACCACCAAACCGGCGUUAUUGGAUGAUUUAUUUGAUCUUGUUGAUGACCCUCUUGUCAUUUUGAAAUUGGAUUCUCAGGCAAGAGUCCCAUACCUAAAUUGGUUUGCGUUCUUCUGUGAUUUUUGGCCGAAAGUUAUGAAUAAGUUCGAAUCCGAUUUCUCCUCUUUACCAUCAUGCCUUCAAUCACAAUACCACAGGUUUUUCAAACCGCACGAGGGUCCGAGCUAUGAAACCUAUAUUAUUAUGUACCAAUUACUAAGUCUGCGUCUGAAUGAGCUGUUUCAUGUUGACACUCUGAACAAGAACCUCUAUGACUUAUUGUGCUAUGCCUAUUAUGCUACAUACCAUAAAUACGUUUAA